AACUAUGUGACAUUAGUUUUUCCUGACUCACUGAUUUAACCUUCUGACUUUCCUUCAACAAAGCCUCUACACUCGGGGGGUGUCGCGGUGUCUGUGACGGAAAGCUCCGUCUGACUGUUCUGGGACUUUCCGGACGGAUUGAAAUUGCGAAACGGUCCUGCUGUCAUUAAUCUAAAGUGGAGAGUCCAUUAUCCUUACCAAAGGAGGAAUAACAUUUUCUUAUUGGGUUGUUGGUAUUCAAUUAUGGCAGCCUAAACACCUACAAAAGGGAUGUCCAAGAUGGGGGGAGGGGUUUGAGAACGCAUAUCCCUUGGUCUGUGUGUGUGUGUGUGGGUGCUUGAGACAUUUAUUUAAUUUGCAAUGUUGGUGCAUGUAAUCACAUAUCACACGUUUAGGUUUGAAUUGAUUAAAAUGUCUGAGCUAAAUAUACAAGAUAAUAAUAUUAAUACAGAUCCUGGGUGAUCUGACCAUAGUUUGAUAUUCUAAUUGUUAAUUUGAGGAUGCAUUUUAUUUGUGCUUCUUAAAAUAGUUCAUGCUUUCUUACGGCGCAGGAUGUGUUUUGUUUGAUGUACAUCCAAUCAGGCUGUAACUGAAGAAAAAAAUUAUAUAUAUAUAUAUAUAUAUAUAUAUAUAUAUAUAUAUAUGUUUCAGCAGUUAAAUGGCCAGAGUUUGUGUUCUCUGUUAGCUGCACGUAAAAUGGAUUCAGUGCAUUCAAGUAUGGCGUUAAGUAUCGACUAUAUGUUGGGAAGGACAUGUUUGAGGUAAAUAGAUGACAAAUGUGUCCUUGGGCACUUUAAUGCAGUUUGGUUCUAAUACUGUGUGAUGAUGUUGGUUGCUGGACUGGUAGUUUCUUCUUCACUAAGUUUCAUUCUUAGCCAAGCUUCACUUUCUUUUUCACUGUUCCUUCACUGUUUCAGCCUUUUGAAUUGAGUAAACCCCACCUCCUCUGCUGCCCCCAAUCUAAAUUACUAUUUUGUGUUGCAGUGUGAGUGAGUGUGUCGGUGUGAGAUAGCCAGACCUUGGGUUUUCUCAAACCCCUCUCCCUUUGAAGGACAUCUCUUUUUCCUUAUAUUUCUAAACUUAAACCAAAAAAUGGAUACUCUUAUUCAACUUAAAAACAGCCAGUUUUUAAUGGGGCUGUGUCGCAACGGUCCUCCACCUGACCUGCAAUAUGAUAACACAUCAGAGCUCUAUCGCAUCUCUACCUUUGCUCGAUUCCCUGCUUCGGGAGUCACAGAGCGAAGUCUGGCGAGGGCCGGUUGGUUCUACACCGGCGUGGGCGACCGAGUGCAGUGUUUCCGUUGUAACGUCACAGCAGAGGGCUGGCAGGCUGGAGACUGUCCAACAGAGAAACACAGACAGCUCUCUCCUUCAUGCUCCUUCAUCCAGAGCGUCCCGUCCACAGCCAACCUGCUCUCCUCCUCUCACUCCGCCUUCUCCCCUCUACGCAUCGCCCCAGCCAUACCUCCUGCCCCUAACCCUGCAGUAAGCCAGGGUGAAGAUGCAGUCGGCUACCUAAAUAUGGGCUUCUCUGCUCCACCACCCUCCAGCCCGCUCAGCUCGCGUGGUGUAGAGGACAUGUCCCACCAGAGACCAACAUGCCACAACCCCAGCAUGCGCAGAGAGCAGGACCGCCUAGACUCCUUCCACCCCUGGACGCUCUCUAUCAUCACUCCGGCUGAGCUUGCCAAGGCGGGCUUCUACUACCUCGGCCAGGGCGACCGAGUGGCGUGCUUCAGCUGUGGAGGACAGUUGAGUAACUGGGAGCCAGGAGACAGAGCCGUGUCCGAGCACCAGAGGCAUUAUCCAAACUGUCGUUUUGUGCGGGGGGACAGGGCUGACAACGUGUCGCUGGCCGGAGCUGCAGCAUCUUCAUCCGGAGGAGUAACUUCUCAGCUGUCUUCAGGAGGUUCAGCCCUCAGUAAUGUGUCCAACCCUGCCAUGCAGCAGAGUGAAGAGAGGCUGCUCACUUUUGUCAACUGGCCGUCUCGUAUCCCUGUCAGGCCUGACCAGCUGGCUAAAGCUGGCUUCUACUAUGUAGGUCGCAAUGAUGAUGUCAAGUGUUUCUGCUGCGAUGGCGGCCUGCGAUGCUGGGAAUCCGGAGAUGAUCCUUGGGUGGAACAUGCUAAAUGGUUUCCUCGGUGUGAAUAUUUGCUCCAGGAGAAGGGACAAGAGUUUGUUCACCAGAUCCAGGCUCGCUUUCCUCGACUGUUUGAGCAGCUUUUAACAAAUGGAGACAGCAGUUCCAGAGAAUUUGUGGAUCCACCUGUGGUUCACCUCGGUCCAGGAGAGGAGCGGUCCGAGGAUGCUGUCAUGAUGAACACCCCUGUGAUUAAGUCUGCUUUAGAAAUGGGCUUUGAGCGUAGUCUAGUCAAGCAAACAGUCCAGAGCAAGAUCCUGACCAGCGGAGAGAACUACAGAACAGUCCAGGAGCUUGUUUCAGACCUGCUCAGUGCCGAGGACCAGAAAAGAGAGGAGGAACGAGAGAUGCUGGCAGAGGCGAUGGCAUCAGAUGGUUUCACCUUUGUGAAAAGACACCAGGCAGCAUUGAUCCAGCGUCUGAAGAGUGUAGAGCCAGUGCUGGAGCAUUUAAGGGAGCAAAAUGUGUUAUCUACAGAAGAGUUCAGCGGCGUUAAGGCUCAGACGUCGGCCCAACAGCAAACUGCCAGACUGAUAGAGCUCGUCCUCACCAAGGGAAACGCAGCAGCUGAGGUCUUUCGCAACUGGAUCCAGAAAAACGAUGUUCACCUGCUCAGAGAUCUAAUGGCCCAAUCAAACGAAGCUACAUCACCAAGCCAAGAUCUUUCAGACCUCCCCAUGGAAGAGCAGCUGCGGCGCCUGCAGGAGGAGCGUACCUGCAAGGUGUGUAUGGAUAAAGAGGUCAACAUCGUGUUCAUCCCAUGCGGACACCUGGUGGUUUGCAAAGAGUGCGCACCAUCACUGCGAAAGUGCCCAAUCUGCAGAGGCCUGGUUAAAGGCACGGUCCGAACCUUCCUCUCAUAACCCGUUCCUCAGUUUCACAACGAUGUGAUUGAAUGUAAGCAAUAUGUCAUAAAUUUAUUGUAAAGAGCAGGAAGGUUUUAUGCAUCUUUUUUCUGCCUCUAAUAUGUGACUUAU